GUUGUCUGUAUUUUGUUUUUGGAUUCACCCCCCAAAAAAGUGACAGCACAGCAGACGAGUUUUUUUGCUUUGUCCUCAACAAUCCGUUAAGAGUAUUAUAGAAAAGAAGAAGAAGGAGAUGAUGAAUGAAGCCACUGAUCCACCUCGUCGUGUUCUUCUCAUAUCUGCCGGUGCCAGCCACUCUGUUGCACUUCUUAGUGGAAAUGUUGUAUGCUCAUGGGGGCGGGGAGAGGAUGGACAGUUAGGUCAUGGUGACACAGAUGAUCGUCUCUUACCGACAAAAGUGAGUGCCUUGGAGGGUCAAGACAUAGUAUCCAUUACCUGUGGAGCUGAUCACACUGUAGCACAUUCUGUUUCAGGAAAGGGUGUAUAUAGCUGGGGAUGGGGUGACUUUGGAAGGUUGGGUCAUGGCGAUCACAGCGACUUGCUGAUUCCUCAUCCAAUUACAGCAUUACAUGGUCUCAAGGUAAAGCAAAUUGCCUGUGGGGACAGUCAUUGUUUAGCACUCACCACCAAAGGUGAGGUCCUCAGUUGGGGACGUAAUCAAAAUGGUCAACUUGGACUUGGGACAGCAAAUGACUCUCUUGUGCCACAAAAAGUCCAAGAAUUUCAGGGAGUAGCUAUCAAAAUGGUUGCUGCUGGAGCUGAACACAGUGCAGCAAUUACUGAAGAUGGGGUUUUGUAUGGAUGGGGUUGGGGCAGAUAUGGAAACUUAGGACUGGGAGACCGCAAUGACCGCUCAAUACCUGAGAGAGUCACUGUUGAUGGUGAGAAGAUGAUAAUGGUUGCUUGUGGUUGGAGGCACACAAUAUGUGUGUCAUGUAGUGGUGCAGUGUACACUACUGGAUGGAGCAAAUAUGGGCAGCUAGGACAUGGAGAUUUUGAGGACUGUCUUGUGCCUUGCAGGAUUCAAGCCUUGAACAAAAUGUUCAUUUCUCAAGUAUCUGGUGGUUGGAGGCAUACUAUGGCACUCACCUCUAAUGGGUUGCUUUUUGGUUGGGGUUGGAACAAGUUUGGACAGGUUGGAGUUGGUCACAACUUUGAUUGUUGCUGUCCAAUGCAAGUGAAGUUUCCCCAGGAGCAGAAAGUAAGUGAGGUUGCAUGUGGUUGGAGGCACACAAUCGCUGUUACUCAAUCUGGAAAUUUAUAUUCUUGGGGAAGAGGUGCAAAUGGACAGCUUGGCCAUGGGGAAACCAUUGACCGGAAUUGCCCCAUGAUAAUUGAGGCCUUGAGCUUUGACGGAUCUUUUGGACAAAACAUGGAAUCCUCCUCAAACGAGUAUCCAUCAUCAGGGAAAGGACCCUUUCCGCUAUCAGAGAAAUAUGCAGUUGUUCCAGAUGAAAAUGGGAGGAAAAAGGCUAUUAAUUCAGGCAUGGAAGAGAGGGUUGAAGUUGAAGUUGAAGCUAACGUCCCUCAAUAUACUCAUCUCAGUACCUAAAUGAAUAUGGAUGGAUCGAGUAACAUUGAAAAUGUGUGUGAAUUUUAAUUGUUCACUUAUGCUGUCUAAGUUUCUCUACCUCCUUAGUCACUAUAUAUAUUUGAUAAUGUGAAGAACUCCUAACAACAGGGCAUGCAUGCGCCAGGCUCCUUUUAUUGUU